AUGGCCUCUCCACCCUUCCUCACGGCCAUUGACCUGUCCAGUUACUCCAGUCUCUCCCAACUACCGAAAGAAGCAGCACACGCUGGCGGCAUCUUCGCAGUCAUCUCAGCUGGCAACAUCGACAAUGCAUUCCAACUGCUAAAAGACACCGUCGGCCGCCACGCCGUCCACCUCGAAGUCUCCAACGUCCAGUCGCAGGAAGAUGUCGUAGACCUGCUUGACGCCGGUGCAGCAAAGGUGUUUGUGUCAAGCACCCAAGCAUCCGGCUUCGACAAAGUACCCAAUCUUGACGCGACAAGAGUGGUGUACUGUCCAACCGGCUCCGCGACUGAUACAGCAGCACUUGAUGGGACGUCUUUUGGGCUGUACUUGCAAAAUGUUGGGAGCGCAGAAGGUGCUGGGAAAUUGUUGCAUGAGCUGGGGAAGAACCGUCCGCCUGUCUUCGUUCAAAAGGCCCAUAUGUCCGAGGAGGAGGCAAUACAGCUCGCCAGACAAGGCGCAGUACCGAUCAUUCCGGCACUGCAGUUGACGCUGUCUGCUGAGGCCGCAGAGAAUGCGAUACCGGUGGCUAGCUUGCUGUUGGCGCGGGCGAAGAGUGACAGGCCUGAUGGGUUGUUCACUACAUUGGUCACUGAUGAGCGAGGAAUUGCACUUGGCCUGGUCUACAGCAAUGAGGAGAGCGUGGCAGAAAGUUUGCGGGCAGGUCGUGGUGUAUACCACAGCCGGAAGCGUGGGCUUUGGCGGAAGGGUGACACCAGCGGCGACUGGCAAGAGCUGAUACGGGUGGAGCUGGACUGCGACCAUGAUUGUUUGCGAUUUGUGGUUCGCCAACAAGGGAAUGGCUUCUGCCACCUCCAGACGGCGACUUGCUUUGGAGAGUACCAGGGUCUAUCGAAGCUGCAGAAGACACUACAAAGCCGGAAACGCUCGGCACCCGAAGGCUCAUACACUGCAAGACUAUUUAACGACUCCAAGAUGCUCAACGCGAAGAUCAUGGAGGAGGCAUCCGAACUCUGCGAGGCCACCAACAAGGACGACAUCGCGGCUGAAGCAGCAGAUGUGCUCUACUUUGCUCUUACCAAGGCCACGGCAGCAGGAGUAAGCUUAGAGGACAUUGAGCGCAACCUGAAUGCCAAAGCUGUCAAGGUCAAGCGGCGGAAGGGUGAUGCCAAGGGUCCUUAUGCAGCGAAGUUUGGCGUAAAUGGUGCUUCAGCAACACCGAAUGGCGAGAACAAGGAGAUGGUGCGAGAGGCUGCAUCCGUGCCGAAGAGCAAAGAGGAUCCUGCUGGUGUGAGCAAAGACGGCAGGAUCAGAAUGCGCCGGCUGGUGACUGCUGAAGAGUCGCCGGACGUUGUUCAAGAAGCGCUCAAACGACCUUCGCAGCGGUCUACUGAGAAGAUUAUGGGUAUUGUCAAUCCGAUUAUUAAGGAUGUGCAAUCUGGAGGCGACAAAGCUUUGCUCGGAUAUACGCACAAGUUCGAGAAGGCGACAAGUCUGACCAGUCCGGUACUGAAGGCACCCUUCCCACAGAGUCUCAUGCAAUUACCGCAGGAAACCAUCGAAGCUAUCGACAUCUCUUUCGAGAACAUCCGCAAGUUCCACGCAGCACAACAGGAAGAGCGGCCGCUUGAGGUGGAGACAAUGCCUGGUGUCGUCUGCUCUCGAUUCUCAAGGGCGAUAGAACGGGUUGGUCUCUACGUACCGGGCGGAACUGCUGUGCUACCAUCUACUGCCAUGAUGCUGGGCGUGCCUGCCAUGGUGGCCGGAUGCAAGAGGAUUGUCAUCGCUUCACCACCUCGCGCAGACGGAUCCUUAACACCCGAGAUCGUCUACGUGGCGCACAAGGUUGGCGCAGAAAGCAUCGUCUUAGCAGGCGGGGCACAAGCUGUCGCAGCAAUGGCAUACGGUACGGAGAACGUCAGCAAAGUCGACAAGAUCCUCGGACCGGGCAACCAGUUCGUCACCGCAGCAAAGAUGAUCGUGAGCAACGACACCACCGCGAACGUAAGCAUCGACAUGCCCGCCGGACCGUCAGAAGUCCUCGUCAUCGCCGACGACACCGCCAACCCCGCCUUCGUCGCCAGCGACCUGCUCAGCCAAGCCGAACACGGCGUCGACUCCCAGGUCGUCUGCAUCGCCGUCGGCCUCGACGAAACCCAAGUCCAAGCCAUCGAGGACGAGCUCCACAAACAAGCCACCGCCCUCCCGCGCGUCGACCUCGUCCGCGGCGCCAUCGAACACUCCACCACGCUCGUCGUCCCCACCAUCGCCGAGGCCAUGGCCCUCAGCAACGCCUACGCGCCCGAGCACCUGAUCCUGCAGAUCGCCGACCCCGUCGGCGCGCGGAACAUGGUACAGAACGCAGGAUCAGUGUUCCUGGGUGCCUGGACGCCGGAGAGUGUGGGCGAUUAUUCAGCCGGAGUCAACCAUUCGCUGCCGACAUAUGGGUAUGCGAAGCAGUAUUCCGGAGUCAAUUUGGGGAGUUAUGUGAAGCAUAUUACGAGUUCGCAGUUGACGGAGCAGGGGUUGCGGAAUGUGGGGGGUGCGGUGAUGAGGUUGGCGGCGGUGGAGGAGCUGGAGGCGCAUCGGAGGGCUGUGGCUAUGCGGUUGGAGUUUUUGGAUCAAAGGGGAAGGUAG